AGCGUUGGCUAGUGUAGCUAUCGUAUGGCGUUGUCAACAAACGCUCCCUUUACUCCUCGACAUCGCCUAUAAAUAAAAUAAAACGCAACUCAUCACGCUACUAACGGAUUCAAAGUUAUCUAACGGCGAAAAUAUCUGUUAUUCAGCACUCCUUUCGACACAAGUUACCUACCAUUGAUCAACAUGGGCCGGAUAUUCUUGGAUCACAUUGGGGGCACUCGCCUCUUCUCUUGCGCCAACUGUGACACUAUUCUGACCAACAGAGCAGAGCUGAUCUCCACACGCUUCACUGGAGCCACAGGCCGGGCCUUCCUCUUCAACAAGGUUGUCAAUCUCCAGCACAGCGAGGUUCAAGACCGGGUCAUGCUGACGGGAAGACACAUGGUACGGGACGUCAGCUGCAAGAACUGCAACAGCAAGCUGGGGUGGAUGUACGAGUUUGCUACGGAGGAAAGCCAGCGUUACAAGGAGGGCCGGGUCAUCCUGGAGAGGGCGCUAGUGAGGGAGAGGGAGGGUUUCGAGCACGUACCCACAGACACCUCUUGAAAAGUAUUGCGGGGUGUUGGCCUUACAGUCGCUCAAAGGUUUGCCUCUGACCGCAGUGCAACGACUUGCAUAUAAAGGGAGAGUCCCGACUACGCCGAAAUAUCACAGUUUGAACAAGAAAAGUGUGUAACAACAUUGCUUCCAUUUCUCUUUAAACUGCCUUGAAUGUCAUUGUGUUCACUGGCUGUGAUGUUGAAUAUGGUGCCAUAGAAUCAGGAUGGAGGGAUGGGUUGCAGACUCGCUUUGACCAGUUUAGACUGUUCAGUCUAAUGAAGUGAGGGGAAGAUUAUCAUUUAUACAACAUUCCUUCAGCAUGUUGCCAGGCUUGAAACUAUUUAAUUUUUAUACAUAAAAUAUGUUACCUAUUAUUGAUUGCUUUUAUACAUACAUACCCACAGGAUGAUUAGUACAUUUUUGUUGCAAGGGUUAAAACUUUCCAGCUGAUAUUAGAACUGUUACCUCUUUUGGUGCAGUGCAUCCAGAAAGUAUUCACAAUGCUUCACUUUUCCCACAUUUUGUAAUGUCACAGCCUUUUUCCAAAAUGUAAAUCUGUUUUUGUUCUUGAAAUUUACACAAAAUAACCUGUAAGUGUGAACAGUUAAAAAAAAAAAAUUGUGGAUGUACAUAAGUACAACAUUUGCUCAACAACCCUUUUGGCAGCCUUACGUAUAUUUGAAUACGAUGCCACCUAUAGACCCUUAUCUCUGGGCAGUUUCGCCCAUUCCUCUUUGCAGCCCCUCUCAAGAUCCGUCACGUUGGAUGAAAAGCCAUGUUUGUAAUCCAGGAUGUCUCUGUACAUUAAUGCAUUCCUCUUUCCCUCCAUCCUGACCAGUCUCCCAGUUCCUGCUGCCGAAAAACAUUCCCACAGCAUGAUGGUGCCACUACAAUGCUUCAUUGUAGGGAUGGUAUUGGCCUGCUUUCCUCCAAACUGAGGAACUGACUGGCUUCCACGCCAAAUAGUUUAAUAUUUGUCUCAUCAGACCAGAUAAUUUUGUUUCUCAUGGUCAAGAGAAUUUCAGGUGCAUUUUGGAAAACUUUUUACAAAGAAAUGGCUUUCGCUUGGCUACUCUACCAUACAGGUCUGAUUGGUGGUUUGCUGCAGUGAUGUUCUCCUCUCUCCACAGAGGAAGUUGGUAGUUUUUGACAGUGACCAUCUGGACUAAGAUGAUUGCAGCCAUGUACAGAGACAUCCUUGAUGAAAACCAAUGCUUCCCAUCCAACCUGAUGGCGCUUGAGAGGUACUGCAAAGAACAAUGAGUGUUACUGGCCAAAGAUCGGUGUGCCAAGCUUGUGGCAUCGUAUUAAAAAAGACUUGAGGCUGUAAUUGUCGCCAUAUGGUUUUUUAGUAUGUUAAAUAAAUUAGAAAAGUUAUUUGUGGGAUCUGAGCCGAGGAUGUCGUUGUGGCUUGUGCAGCCCUUUGAGACACUCGUAAUUUAGGGCUAUAUAAGUUAAUAUUGAUUGAUUGAUAUUUAAAAAAAACCUUUUCACGUUGUCAUUGUGGGGUAUUGUCUGUAGAAUUUGGAGGAUUUUCUUUUUUGGAAUGAGGCUAUAACAACAAUGUGAAAAAUAGUAAAGCACUGUGAAUACUUUGCAGGUGCACUGUAAAUGUAGUUGUUAAUGUAACACUUGAACAAAAAUACAUACUCUUCAUGUCGAUGUGUUCUUUGGCGCAUGUUGUACCUCAAUCACUGAAAAACAGUUAACUUGUCGUUAUCAAUAAAAUCAUGAAUUCAAAAUUA